AUGACAUUGAGCUAUUACCUGGUUACUGACUUGCAACCGUGCUCGGAAUAUGAGUUCAAAGUUCAAGUACUGCUGUGGGGAAUGCAACCAGGGCCCUUCUCGGACACCGUCAAAGUCAAAACAACAUCAGUCAGUAAGUUCUUUAUCUUUGUGCAUCUGAUCAGUCCACAUUCAAGGUGUCAGAGUCAAAAGAAGUAAAUGACCAACCUCUCUCCCAGGGUCAUCACUCCUAAACUUCCAUCAUUUCACGAUGUCUCUGUAGAGCAUUAUCUAAAUCGCUUCUAAAAAAAAUCCGAGAUAUAAGCGUUUUAAAGAUGUAGCACGAGCAAAACUUUGCGUUAUGAAUUUGAUCGAUAGGUGCCCCCGCGGCCUUAAGCAACAACGAAGGCGACGGUUACGAAAGCGUCAUUUUAAAAACUUAAGAAGUGAAUUCGCACUGCCUGAAACUUUAUUGCGCUUAUUCCACCUCGUUCAGUUCGUCAAAUCUUCACUUGGAAAUUUUUUCUAAAGUUGACGUCUAGAGGACUUUAUCGAAGUUCAGGAAAAGAAAAAGAAAGUCGCUUUCUUGUGUUCACGUCCUCGACAAAACGUUAAGUUAGGCGUUUUCGGAAGAAAGAAAUGAAUUGUACAAAAAAGCGUGAUGCACGUGCAGAAUUGAUGUUUUUUCUAUCUAAACUUAUUGCUUUUUUGGUGUUCUCGUCGACGUCGCCGUCGUCGAUGCUCUCCCUAUUAUAAAUUCGCAAUGCCGUCUCAGAUUUAGUCUAAGAAAGCCAACGUGAUAAGCGUGAUCUUCUCUCUUUAAGCAACAAGUCCUCCACGAAAUAUACAGCAUGUUUCUAAAGGGACUGACAGAAUACAGAUAACCUGGGAAACACCAGUAACGUACUGUCUUGCGGUCACGAGUUAUAAGGUAACACGCACGUUCAUUGGACAAGCGUUUGAAUAAAGAGUUCUGUAGAUUAACAUCAAAAUAUAUAAUCAAGGUGAUCUGAUCAAAGUAAGAUCCGACUUGGCAUUUAUCACCAACUAGCUUCAACAUGUGCGACACACCUCAGAUAAAAUUACCAAUGAAAAGUUCGUUACAGCAUACACUGAUACAUGUAUACAUACGAGCGCUGAAUUUGAAUCAGAUACUAUUGCGUGGCAACAGAAGAUGUAAAGCUGCUAAAAAGAAAUUUACGCGCGUGCCUGCAGGGAGUUACAAGCUCAUUACGCUUGUUCAAGUACGGGUGCAAAUGAUGAAAUAUUUUCCCCACAGGCACAAAUUACAGGAGUUUGAAGGGGGAUUGAAAUGCACCGCUUGCUUUAAAACCUUCCAAGUUAUACUACAUUCUGAACUUAGCGUCUUUCACAUGCCAGACAUGCUUGUUCGCCAAGAAAUUAAAAUGUCUAUAUUACAAGGCUUAAAACAGUGUAACAAGUAAAUAUAUGUUUAUAUUUCUACAGAUAAAUUACAAGGAAGACACUCAACUGAAUUUCCAAUCUGUUGUAACUGGAAAUGUCCACUCAUAUCUACUGACAGGACUUUCGCCAAGUAUUACUUAUGAUAUCAAGGUGGGCUUAAUUUUGCUUCAAAUGCCAUCAUAGAUUGCUUGUCUAAACAUUACCUGAGUAAACGUUUGCGCUUCAUCUCGCGUUCACGCUAUCAAUAAUUGAGAGAGUUGAAAAUACGAUGCGCAGCGGAGUAUUUUUGACGAACUUAAGGUCUUUCAUCUGUUGAUGAAACACUGUGUCGAAUGCUUGAUAUUACUUCUCAAACAAAAUGAUUUUAGAAGGAGAAAUGAAGGAUGCAAAAAUGAGCAGUUUUUCAUCUGAUUUCCAAACACUCAUUAAACAUUAAUUUCCUUUGUAUUUUCUUUAUCAAUUAUUAAUCCGUUUGAGAAGUACAAUGUUAUGUUACCUAAUAAACCCAUGCAUGGCCACUUGCUGUAAAUGUUAGUAUGUAAUUUGUGUGAUUAUUCUUUACUCAGUUGCAAGCUCACAGUACGGAGGAUGGUGAUGGGCAGUUCUCUGUUCUUCAGUCUGUCAGAAUUUCAAUUUUCCGACCGACAGGUAUGGUUGCUUAA